CUUUUCUUUCGUCCGCUAUGCCUUUGCAAUGCGAUAAUCUGUCGUGUGGGAAAAGAUAAAGUGACGAUUCUACAAAUCAACAUAUUACUGUAUAAAUUCUUGACAAUUGAGUUUAUUAUUGAAAGUAUAGGUUGAUUAAAAAUAAUUAAAAGCAAAAAUGUCUUCACGGAAAAAGGUUUUAUUGAAAGUAAUCAUCCUCGGUGAUAGUGGUGUUGGUAAAACCUCGCUCAUGAACCAGUAUGUUAACAAAAAAUUCAGCAAUCAAUACAAAGCGACUAUUGGAGCGGACUUCCUGACAAAAGAGGUUAUGGUUGACGAUAGACUAGUUACCAUGCAGAUAUGGGACACAGCAGGACAGGAGAGGUUCCAGAGUCUAGGGGUUGCUUUCUACCGUGGUGCAGACUGUUGCGUUCUAGUGUUUGAUGUAACCUCUCCAAACUCUUUCAAAUCGCUCGACAGCUGGCGUGAUGAGUUCCUUAUUCAAGCAAGUCCAAGGGAUCCUGAAAAUUUUCCAUUUGUUGUGCUAGGAAACAAAAUUGAUUUGGAAAACAGAAUGGUAUCAACAAAAAGGGCACAAAAUUGGUGUGACAGCAAAAACAACAUUCCGUACUUUGAGACCAGUGCCAAGGACAACAUCCACGUUGACCAAGCUUUCCAAACCAUCGCAAAGAAUGCCCUCGCGCAAGAACCGGAACAAGAUCUAUAUAAUGAAUUUCCGACCGCGGUAAAAAUAGACCCAUCCUACACUCCAAAACAGGAUAGCUGUGGAUGUUAAGGCACGCUUACGAUAUCUCAUCUGAUCUCUUUUAACUGUACUUGGAAAUCACACACAAGUACCCUGUGAUAUCGCCUACGAAACAAACAGCUCAGUUAAAUUAUAUUGUCUCUAUUCACAUGCGCCACUCCUUGCUACAAGGUAGAGGGUGGCGGGCUCUUUAAGAAGUUUUUUUAAUCAUAGGUCCCAAUCCAGUGUUUGAUGUCUCGAUGCGACAUCUAUACCAUCUGUGAACAGUUCAUCAGUACUUAUUAAGAACUCUUAGGCAUGGUGGAGGCAUCUGAUGAUGAACUGUCACAGAAUCCUGAAGUAUAGGUUAGUCACAUAAUGGUACAUCACUAUGACAAGACACUACAUUCCUUUGCUUGGUGAAAAGAAGGAAGAUCUACAAA